UCAAUCAGACGCAAAAACAGCGAAAAGAAAAGAGAAAAACAACAAAUAACGAAAACGAAUUCGUUUUAAUUUUUUAUUUGAGUGCGAAUUGCAAUUUGAAUAAAUGUCGUUUUUUUUCGUGUGCUGUGCUUGAACAAAAAAGGAGAAUAAAGGAAAAACCAAAAACCAAAAAAAAAAAGCAAUAAUAAACUAGUGCAACUGUGUGUGCUGAGGCAAUAACAAUAUCCAUAUAACUGCAGCAAAUCCAGCAAUUAUUACAGCCAGCGGCAAGCAGCAGCGACGACAACAAACUUGUGUCUGAAAGCAUUAAAUAAGGAAAGCCACAAAAAACAUUGUGCCACAGAACCACAUACGUUAAAAUUCCACUAACCAACCACUCGGCGAAUAGACAAGCAGCAAAAUGUCGCCAAAAUCGCUAAAUGUGCGCGUCACGACAAUGGACGCCGAACUGGAGUUCGCCAUUCAGUCGACAACGACGGGCAAACAACUGUUCGAUCAGGUGGUCAAGACGAUCGGCCUGCGUGAGGUUUGGUUCUUUGGUCUGCAGUACACGGACUCAAAGGGCGAUUCCACAUGGAUCAAGCUAUACAAAAAGCCCGAAUCGCCGGCCAUAAAGACUAUCAAGUAUUUGAAACGGGUUAAGAAAUAUGUGGACAAGAAGACAGCCGAUAGCAAUGGACACAAUCAGACAGAUGAGAGCGAAGAGGAUGACGAUGCUGAUGAUAUGACUGGAUCAAUGCCGUUUUCCACAUGGGUGAUGAAUCAGGAUGUGAAAAAGGAGAAUCCCUUGCAAUUCAGAUUCCGUGCCAAAUUCUAUCCGGAAGAUGUGGCCGAGGAGCUGAUACAGGACAUCACACUGCGCCUGUUCUAUCUGCAAGUGAAGAAUGCCAUAUUGACCGACGAGAUCUAUUGCCCGCCGGAAACGUCGGUGCUGCUGGCCUCCUAUGCAGUGCAGGCGCGUCAUGGUGAUCACAAUAAAACCACCCAUACAGCCGGUUUCCUAGCGAACGAUCGAUUGUUGCCACAGCGCGUCAUCGAUCAGCACAAGAUGUCCAAGGAUGAGUGGGAGCAAUCGAUAAUGACCUGGUGGCAGGAGCAUCGCAGCAUGCUGCGCGAGGAUGCCAUGAUGGAGUAUCUGAAAAUUGCCCAGGAUCUGGAAAUGUAUGGCGUCAAUUACUUUGAGAUCCGCAACAAGAAGGGCACCGAUCUGUGGUUGGGCGUUGAUGCGCUUGGCCUCAACAUUUACGAGCAGGACGAUCGAUUAACGCCCAAAAUUGGUUUCCCCUGGUCGGAGAUCCGUAACAUUUCCUUCUCUGAGAAGAAGUUCAUCAUCAAGCCCAUCGACAAGAAGGCACCCGACUUUAUGUUCUUUGCGCCACGCGUUCGCAUCAACAAACGCAUCCUGGCCCUCUGCAUGGGCAACCAUGAGCUGUACAUGCGUCGUCGCAAGCCCGACACGAUCGAUGUGCAGCAGAUGAAGGCGCAGGCGCGCGAAGAGAAGAAUGCCAAACAGCAGGAGCGCGAAAAGCUGCAGCUGGCGCUGGCAGCACGCGAACGUGCCGAGAAGAAGCAACAGGAGUACGAGGAUCGCCUUAAGCAAAUGCAAGAGGAGAUGGAACGUUCGCAGCGCGAUCUGCUCGAGGCCCAGGAAAUGAUUCGCCGCCUCGAGGAGCAGCUGAAGCAGCUGCAGGCCGCCAAGGAUGAGCUUGAGCUGCGCCAGAAGGAGCUGCAGUCGAUGUUGCAGCGUCUCGAGGAGGCCAAGAACAUGGAGGCCGUCGAGAAGGCCAAGCUCGAGGAGGAGAUCAUGGCCAAGCAACAGGAGGUGCAACGCAUUCAGGACGAGGUCAAUGCCAAGGACGAAGAGACCAAGCGUCUGCAAGACGAGGUCGAGGAAGCACGUCGCAAACAGGCUGAGGCUGCUGCCGCGCUGUUGGCUGCAUCGACCACGCCGCAACAUCAUCAUGUGGCCGAGGAUGAGAACGAGAACGAGGAGGAGCUGACGAAUGGCGAUGCCGGCGGCGAUGUGUCGCGCGAUUUGGACACGGACGAGCAUAUCAAGGAUCCCAUCGAGGACAGACGCACGCUGGCCGAGCGCAAUGAGCGCCUGCAUGAUCAGCUCAAGGCCUUGAAGCAAGAUCUGGCGCAGUCACGCGACGAAACGAAAGAGACGGCAAACGACAAGAUUCAUCGCGAGAACGUGCGUCAGGGACGCGACAAGUACAAGACGCUGCGUGAGAUCCGCAAGGGCAACACAAAGCGUCGCGUGGAUCAGUUUGAGAACAUGUAAAGCGGCAUCCACGACGCCUUCUUCUACAUCCAACUACUAGCAGCGCUCCAUCCCUCCCCCCUAACCCCAUCUCUCCGCCCCGCCCAAAAUCACGUCGAUGUAGCAAAAAAACAAAACAAAACAAAAAAAAAGGAAAACAACAAAAAAAAACUAUAAUCAAUUACACUCCACAGUUAAUAUGAAGCUUAAACAAUUUAUUUCAAAUGAGUUAUUUUUUUUUAACCUGACCCGCGACGUGUAUGUAUAGAAAGUUGAAAAGAAAAACAUAAACAAAUAAAAAUAAAAGUAUGAAAAUGAAAAUAAGAAUAUGCGCAGGAGAUGAAAUGAAGCGCAGCGUUAUUUAAAACAACAAAAUAUAUAAAAACAAAAAGAAAAUAAUAGAAGACACUUCCGCCAACGGUUUUGACAGUCUAGUGUUAAACGACAGACAAUCAAUCAAUCAAUCGCCCCGCCCCAUCCAUGCAGUAAAUAAAUUUUAUAGAAUGGUCGCCAAUUUUUGUGCACCAGCAAAGUCCAGAAUCCCUCCUCCCUCCUCCCUAUGAGCUCCACAUUGAGGAGAAACGAAACGCAGUAACAAGAAAAACAACAACUACAACUACAAUAACAAACAACAACAACAGCAAUUUGCAUUUUCCCCCGUUAUAAAUAUUAUUUUUAUUAUUAUAUAAUUACUAUUUUUUUUAAAUUUGUAUAAUUAAAUAAGAACUUGAUUAAUUGUUUCUUAAAUUAACUUGCGAAAGAAAACAAAACAAAAACAAACAAAAAGAAAACAA